AUUGACAGUUUGACUGUUUUUACUGCGCUCAGCAUAGAGGCGAACACGGGAAUUCAGAGCGAUUUUCUACGUGCAAAUGCCACCAAAACUGAAAUUUGCCGAAGGUGAAAAAGUCUUAUGCUUCCAUGGACCCCUCAUCUACGAGGCGAAGGCGCUCAAGAGUCAAGUGCUGAAGGACAAACAAGUGAGAUACUUCAUCCACUAUGCGGGAUGGAACAAAAACUGGGACGAGUGGGUGCCGGAGAACAGGGUGCUGAAGUACAAUGAGGCGAACGUGCAGAAGCAGAAGGAGGUGUCGAAGCAACACGCGAGUCUCGCGGCGAAGAACAAGAAGGCGCCCGGGAAGAACAAGAAGUCCGAUGUGCAGUCCUCGGGCACGUCUAGCAAGGACAAGGACAGCGACUCGCGCGCCUCGACGCCGUCCAAAGAGCUCACCACCAAAGAGACCAAUGCGGCACCCGUCGCACCCCCGGCCGCCGCUUCCACAACACGGCGCUCCGUGAAGCCGGCCAACACUCCGGACGCCGCGGAGCAGCCGCGGAAGAAGCGCGGGCGCUUAGACACGAACGCCGAGACGGAGGAGCAGUUUCUGUCGAAGGUGGAGAUAAAGAUCAAGAUUCCCGAUGAGCUAAAGCCGUGGCUCGUGGACGACUGGGACGCCGUGACGCGGCAGCACAAACUGGUGGAACUGCCGGCCAAGAGCACCGUGCAGGACAUCAUUGACGGUUAUGUGCAGUACAAAAAGGGGAGCAAGAGCACGACACCUAACAAGGAGACGGCGCUCACGGACGUGGCCAGCGGCCUGAUUGAGUACUUCAACGUGAUGCUGGGCUCGCAGCUGCUGUACAAGUUCGAGCGUCCGCAGUACGCCGAGGUGCUGCAGCAGCAUCCGGACAAGCCGAUGGCAAAAAUCUACGGGGCGGAGCACCUGCUGCGCCUGUUCGUCAAACUGGGAUCAAUGCUCGCCUUCACGGCACUCGAUGAGAAAUCCAUUCAGAUUCUCCUCGUUCACCUACAGGACUUUCUCAAGUAUCUAGUAAAAAAUAGUUCCACCCUCUUCAACAUGCAGCACUUCGUCAACGCCAGUCCCGAGUAUCACCGCAAAGCGCAGUAAGGAUGCCAAGAGGACACGUGCGCGCGCGCGCAGGUAAAGUCAGUAAGAAUAUUUUACCAUUCGACCCUUCCUCAAAAGUAAUGGAAAGAAAAGAAGCCACUCUACAAAGAUUGAUAAAUCAUUGCGACAAAAGAGAGUGUUAACAAACAAAAAAAAAUCAGCGGAGUAGUAAUUGAAAUCUCCUAUUUAAAUGUUCUGUUUCGACGAUUGAUAAGGUAAUAUUGUUGUUUGAUGACAGAGAUACAGGAAGAUCUUCCCUUUAGGGCAUUUUAGAGAGUGUUUGUUUCCUCAUCCACAAAAUCCCCGCAGUCUCGUCUUUCGUGCACAGAGUAAAUUGUUAUUGUGGUGGCGCAUCUUGACAAAAUGAAGAAGAAAAGUAGAGAGGAAAUCUGUAGCAUUAGCAUGAUAAAUAUCUGGCUCCCAAACGAUGGGUCAAGAGAUGUGCCUAACGAGACAAGAGAAUCACAGCCAAUUCUCUUAAGAUCAAAGCGAAAACAUGAGAAAUAUAUAACUUCAUUCCAAUGGAUUUUAGGGCGUUAUAAUGCUAUUAAUUUAAUUAUUUAAGUGGUCCUAUACCAAAUUUAUCGAAUAUAGCAUUGAAAAAAAAUCUAAUCAUUUAACUACACUUCAUGUGCUAUAAUUAAAAUAAUGGAAGAAAUGAGAGUAAAAUCAAUAAAAACCCAUCUAUUGAGUAAUGAUAAAAACAAAAAUGAUUUUUAACAUGAAACAAAAAAUAUGAAAAAGAAUGAAUAGAAUAUUGCGAUGUAAA